AUGUGCUACAUAAUUCUUUUCAUACUUAUAGUCUUAGCAAUAGCGAAAAGCUCUUUUGCAGUUCAAUGUAAUACAAAUCCUUGUCAACUCGGUGGUUAUUUCACACCACCUAAUUAUAACUGUAUUCAAUUGUUACAUGAAUCCAAUGUUAUUUGUACAUGUCCUAAUGAACAAGGACGAAAAAAUGCUCCGUGUCGUGUUUGUGAUAAUGUUCAUUGUGGUCCAAAUGGAGUUUGUAUUGAAGCAGGAUGGUUCCAAGAUUCAUUUUAUGCUUGUGCAUGUACGAGUGGUACAUAUAAUUAUGUUAUUCCAAAACCAUGUCUAGGUGUUAGUUCAACAACGACUGUAUCUCCAACAACAAUUACAACUGUAUCUCCAACAACAAUUACAACUGUUACUUCUACUUUACGACCUGUCCAUUGUCUUCAUGGUAGCGUUUAUAAUGCUGCAACAGGUACAUGCAUUUGCCAAAUUGCUUUUACAGGAUCUCAAUGUGAAACAUCGAUUGGUCAAGAACUUUGUCAAAAAAUAACUUGUGUUAAUGGUGGUGUUUGUAAUCCUGUGCCUACAGCUAAUAAUGGAAUUGAAGCACAAUGUUGGUGUUUAAACGGUUUUUUUGGUUCCAAUUGUGAAUUGAUUGGUACACCGGGUGCAUGCCAAUUUAAUCUUUGUCAAAAUAGUGGUGUAUGUGAAGAGAGAAAACUUGGCGCUUCACACUUUGCUUAUUGUCAAUGUCCGCCUGGCUUUAGUGGACGAUUUUGUGAAAGGCAUUACUUUACAUGUUCUCAUUCGGGUUUAUUUGACGAUUCAGUUAAUUGUAAAUUUGGUCGAUAUUUUCAAUGUGUCAAUACAGUUGCAAUAAUGCGUACAUGUCUACAAGGUCUUCGUUUUAAUUCAAUGAAAAUGCAAUGCGAUGCGAACGGUUCUUGUCCAUCAUAA